AUGUCUACUACCUACUUCCAAAAGCCAGAGAAUGCGCUGAAGCGUGCUGAAGAGCUCAUUGGUGUUGGCCAGAAAUCUGCUGCCCUCGAUGUCUUGGAGACUGUGAUCAAGCCCAAACGUCACCGCACAUGGACAGCGACUCUGGAGGAUAUUCUCAAGAAGUUCCUCUCGCUCUGCACAGAGGCACGAGAGACGAAGAGAGCCAAGGAAGGGCUCAUUCAGUACCGUCAAAUCGCUCAGAACGCCUCGCAGGGGCCAGAGUCGAUCCUCAAGGUCGUUACUUCAUUCAUCGGUGAUGGCGAACGCGCUGUGCGAGAAGCUGAAGAGAAGGCGGGCCUUGGAGCAGAAGCCGUUGCUUCUCUUCAAGAUUUGGAAGCUGAUGAGACGCCAGAGACAAUGAUGCUGUCUGUUCUCACUUGCGACCUGAGCGACACAGGAAGAGCGGACAGGGACAACUAUGUUCGUUGGCUCCGUUUCUUGUGGGAAAGCUACAGAACCUGCCUUGAGGUUUUGAAGAACAAUCAGAAGCUGGAAGAGCUUUAUGCUGAUACUGCAAAGAAGACUUUUGCUUUCUGUGUCAACUACAAGCGCAAAGUUGAAUUUCGAAGGUUGAAAGAGCUCCUCAAGACUCACUUAAACAUGUCACAAAUCAGCCAGUUCUCUGCACAGACCGAGUCUGGCCUUCGUUUGAGGUUGGAGAUCAGAGCUGCUCAGUUGAACGCAGCAACCCAGCUUGAACUCUGGCAACUUGCAUUCGAGUCGGCGGAGGAUCUGCACAACGUGUUGUCCCAUCCAUCCAAUCGUAAGGCACAGAAGAGCAAGGUCAUGAUGAACUACUACGACAAACUCGCUCAGGUCUUCUGGGUUUCUGAGAACUACUUGUUCCAUGCCUGCGCAAUGCAAAGGAUCUUCCACCUCAGCGAAAGGCAACUCAAUCGUGAGGUCUCCAAGGGUGAUAUGACCAAGGAACAAGCCCAAGCUCAGCUCAGGAGCCUGGCAUCGAAGGUUUUGCUUGGAGCUGUGUCUGUGCCCCCCCCAGCAAUCAAGCAGCAAGAUGUUGAUUUCGAUCCUGAGAAGGACAAGCAGAUUCGCAUGGCAGCGUUGGUAGGUCACAACAACGUUCCCCAGCGUCGAUCCAUUCUCUCAGACGUUGUCGCGAAGAACAUGAACACCUCGGCUUACCCUGAGUUGGUGGAUCUCUUCAACGUGUUGGAGGGUGACUUUGACCCUCUCCACCUCGGCGAGCAGAUGAAGCCCAUGUUUGCUUUUGUAGAGAAGUCAGAGGAACUGAAGAAGUACCUCCAUCCUCUCAAGAAGGUUGUCCUCUUGAAGCUGAUCCAGCAGCUCUCUCAAGUGUAUGUCACCAUGCGUAUAGCUGACUUCGCCAAGCUUGCUGACUUCAUGUCUCUCCACGACUGUGAGAAAUUCAUUGUGGAAGCUGUGGCCAAGAAUCAAGCAGUUGUUCGUCUCGACCACAAGAACGGGACUCUUAACCUCGGAGACAAGGGUCUGGAGAGCGAGAACUGUCGGUCACAGCUUGCCAACUUUGCCAAGGGACUGCAGUUCACACUGGACAUCAUCCAGAAGGAUUUGAAGGAGCAGAUGCGAUCUCAGAAGGUGGAGGCCCUCAAGCAGUUGGCUGAGAGGCUUGAGGACGAAAGGAAGAUGAUGUCCUCCCGGCGCAUGCAGAUCGAAGAGCGCAAAGAGACGCUGGAGCGUGAGAUGCACCUCAAAGCCAUGGAGGAGGAUCGGAAGAGGAAGCAAGAAGAAGAAGAACGCCGAACGUACGAGGAGAAGCGCAAGGAAGAAGACAAGCGCCGUCGCGAAGAGGCCAAGCUGCAGCAAGAGAGAGAGGAGAAAGAACUCGCCGAGAAGAAGAGGCUCAAGGAGCAGGUGGAUGCUCUCAAGGCUGAAGAGAAGAAGGGCAAGGGCAAGAAAGAUGCUGCCGUCAUCGAUGCUCUCGGAAAGAGUGUUGAAGAGCUGGACGAUGACGAGUUGAAGAACAUCGACAAGAACGCGCUGAUUAAAGCCAAAAAAGAGCAAGAAGAGAAGCUUAAGCGCGAGGCUGAGGAGCGUAUCCAGGCUCAGGUCAUCAAGAUGGACCAUCUUGAGCGAGCUCGUCGCGAGAACGAACGAGAUCUCCUUGCAAAAGUGUUUGAAGAACAGAAAGAGCAUGACAAGCUGCGAUGGGAGGUGGAGAGCAAACAGUUCCUCGAGAACCACAAGAAGAAGCACGAGGAGGAUCUCGUGAUCAAGCAGCGCAUGCUCCGCAUGAUCCCUGACAAGUCCGUCUUUGAGGAGAUGAUCACCAAGCGCCGUGAAGCCCAGUACGAGAGGGACAAAGCCGAGCACUGGGAGCGCACGCGAAAGGAGCGUGAGAGGAAGAAGAGGGAGAGGGAGGAGAGGGAGAAACGUGAAGCUGAAGAGCGUGCAAGGAAGGAGGCUGAAGAAGCCGAAAAGCGCCGGAGGAUGGAGGAAGAGAAAAGAAUCCGUGAGGAAGAAAGAGCUCGCUUGGACGCCAUGGCUGAGAAGCAGAGACAGAGAGAGGCUGAGAUCGAGGCGAGGAGAGAGAAGGACACUGCUCCUGCCGCUGCUCCCAGGGAGACUGGACGCGGUGUUCUCGAGCGUCCUCCCAUGGAUCGUGGCUCCGACCGUUGGGGAGGAGGCGAUCGUGCAGGAGACCGUGGCGAUCGCCCUGCUGGAGACCGCUGGGGAGGAGGCGACCGUGGUGACCGUGGUGACCGUCCUGCUGGAGAUCGCUGGGGAGGAGGCGACAGGGCAGGAGGUGACAGGGCAGGAGGUGACCGACCAGGAGGCGAUCGCUGGAGGAGCGACAGAGGAGGCGACCGCCCCAUGGGCGAUAGACCUGGAGGAGAUCGACCAAGAGCAGACGAUCGGUGGGGCUCUCGAGGCGGAGGAGGCGGAGGAGGCGGAGGAGGCGACAGCUGGAGGCGCUCAGACGAUCGUCAGAUGGAUCGACCGGCCGCUGCUCCUGCUGAGCGUCCUCGGCUCAACUUGCAGCCUCGCUCGGCUCCUAAGGAUGAGACCAAGAGCUCAAAGACUGACGACGAUGGCUUCACGGCCGUUAGCAAGCGCCGUUAAGCUCUCUGCUCCAUGCCAAGAGCGGAAGCCCUUUGCUGGGGGAUAGCUGGAGCUGAGGUCUAGUUAGGCUCGGCUGUCCUGCUGUGAGGAAGAGAGAGAGCUACAAGAUAGGCCUACAUUACAUGCAGAGCUCGCGCAUACUCGUUAAUGUGAGGACAGACUGCUGACCAUG